GCGGUGCGGGCAGGCGGGAGAGCCCCGGGGCCGGUGCCGCCGCUGAGCCCCGCCCAAAGCCGGGCCCCCCUGAGCGCGGCGCUCCGGCGGCUGCAGUGGCGCGGCGGCGCCUCCGGGUGUCGCUGUUGGCCGCCGCCGAGCGGCGCUGGAGCCGCCGCCGCCGCCGCCGCAGCGUCCUGCCCCCGCAGGCUGCUCGCUCGCCCGGCGCCGGCCACAGCGGCAGCGGCACCGCCGCCAGCAGCAGCGGCGAGAGGCGGCGAGAGGCGGCGAGAGGCGGCGAGAGGCGGCGAGAGGCGGCGCGGCGAGCUCGCAGCCUUUGAGCGGUGUGUGUUGUGGGCGGCGAGAGCGGCUGGAAGGGAGGCAGGGCAGCGGCAGGAGGCAGGAGCGCGGCGAGCGCUGCGGGCAGAGAAUGGCGGUGAGGCGGCGGCAGAGGCUUGGGCCGGGCGGCGGGCGAGCGCUGCUGGCCGCGGUGCUGCUGUGCGUGUGGGGCCGGGCGGCGGCCGAGCGGGUCCGCUACGCCAUCCCCGAGGAGCUGGGCAGAGGCUCGCUCGUGGGGCCGCUGGCGCGGGACCUGGGGCUCGGCGCGGACGAGCUGCCGGCGCGCAAGCUGCGGCUGAGCGACGAGAAGCAAUACUUCACGGUGAAUGAGGAGAACGGGAACCUGUACGUGAAUGAGAGGCUGGACCGGGAGGAGAUGUGCGGCGAGUCGGCGACCUGCUCCGUCAGCUUCGAGGCGCUGGUGCACAACCCGCUGAACAUUUUCCAAGUCGAGGUGGCGAUCGAGGACGUGAAUGACAAUUCCCCCGCCUUCAGGAAGGCUGCCCUGGACCUCGAGAUUGGUGAAUGGAUCCCUCCUGGUGCACGUUUUCCUUUGGACAUGGCCCGAGAUGCCGACGUGGGCAGCAACUCGCUGCUGACUUACCAACUCACGAGCAACCCGUCCUUCUCUCUCGCCAUGAAGGACAGCCCGGAAGGAAGCAAGCCGGAAUUAGUACUGGAAAGAGCCUUGGACCGAGAGAAGCAGAGCUCCUUUGAGUUCGUGCUGACAGCAGUUGAUGCCGGGGACCCUGUGAGGUCCGGAACUGUCCAGAUUCGGGUCAACGUGACAGACGCCAACGACAAUGCACCCGUAUUUGAACAGGACCGGUACCGCGUGAGCCUGCCCGAAAACACACCGCCGGGUUCGGAAGUACUAAAGCUGUCAGCCUCAGACGCCGACGCAGGCACCAACGCCCGCAUCACCUACGGCUUCGGGGAAAUGACAAUCAAGGCACUUCAGAAGUUUAUGGUCGAUGCAGAGAGUGGGUCUGUCACACUGCAGGAGGCUUUGGACUUUGAGGACACGCGAGCAUUUACCUUGGCUGUGGAGGCGAAGGAUGGAGGGGGUUUGAUGGCACACUCCAUGGUGGAGGUGGAGGUGCUGGACGUGAAUGACAACGCGCCCGAGAUCACAUUACUCUCAGUGUCCAGCCCGGUGCCUGAGGAUGCUCCGGUGGGCACCGUGGUGGCCCUGCUGAAAGUUCGGGAUCGGGACUCCGGCGAGAACGGUCAAGUGUCGUGCGAGCUGUCGGGGGAGGCGCCGCUGUCGAUCGUGGCGUCGUCGGGCGGCUCGUACAAGGUGGUGACGACGGGCGCGCCUAAUCAUCGUCAUUUCCCCCCGGGUAUUCCUUGCGUGGCAUCGGCGGUAGGCGGUGGGGAGCCGUUGCGGUCCUGCGGUGCCGGCGGUUCCGCUGCGGAGAUGUGCGCGGCGGGGAGGCGCUGGGGCCGGCGGCAGCGAGCUCUGCUCGGGGCCGUCCUGCUGGCGGCGUGGCAGGCGGCGUGGGGGCAGCUGCGCUACUCGGUGCCCGAGGAGAUGCCCAAGGGCUCGUUCGUGGGCGACGUGGCCAAGGACCUGGGGCUGCAGCUGUCGGCACUCAAAGACCGUGGCGUUCGCAUCUUGGACAAAGGUAGGACGCAGUAUUUCACUGUGCACGAGAAGACGGGACAUUUAGUGACGGCGGAGAGGAUCGACAGAGAGCAGCUGUGUGAGAGUGUGCAGCAAUGCGUGCUGCACUGUGAGCUGAUAGUGGAGGGACAGAUGCAGGUUUACGGAAUAGAAGUGGAAAUCACGGACAUUAAUGACAACGCUCCGAGGUUUCGAGAGGCAGAAACAGAGCUGAAAAUGAUCGAAACGACAGCGCCGGGUUCGCGGUUUCCCCUGUCAGACGCCCAUGAUCCUGACUCGGGCCGGAAUUCCCUGCAGAGCUACGAGCUGAGCGGCGACGAGCACUUCUCGCUGGCCGUGCAGGCGGGCCCCGGCGGCGAUCAGCGUCCCGAGCUGGUGCUGGCCAAGGCGCUGGACCGGGAGGAGGCGGCGUUUCACGAGCUGGUGCUGAGGGCGAUGGACGGCGGCGAUCCGGCACGGACGGGCACGGCUCGGAUCCGCGUGACGGUGCUGGACGCGAACGACAACGCGCCCGUGUUCAGCCAGGCGGAGUACACGGUGCGAGUGCCCGAGGACGUGCCCGUGGGCUCCGUAAUCAUUGCUGUCACGGCCACGGACGCUGACGAAGGGCUGAAUGGUCAUGUGAAAUACUCGUUUAAGAAAAUCACAGAGAAAGCCUUGGAAAUAUUCUACUUAGAUUCUGAGACUGGAGAGAUCACACUGUUGCGGAGCCUGGACUUCGAGGAAGGCGACUCCUACGAACUGGAGGUGCAGGCACGGGACGGGGCUGGCCUGUCCGACACUGCAGAAGUAGCGAUCACUGUCACAGAUGUAAACGAUAACGCACCCGAGAUUUCAGUGAGGUCAGCGCUCAGCGAAAUUUCUGAGGAUGCCCCUUCGGGGACAGUCGUGGCCCUUUUGCACGUACAAGAUCGAGACUCAGGGGCGAAUGGCCAGGUGCGCUGCUCACUCGAAGGGGGCGUCCCGUUCCGGCUGCAAAGGUCGCAGGGCAAUUACUACAGCGUGGUGACAGCGAGCGAGCUGGACCGGGAGCAGGUGUGGGAGUACAACGUGACGGUGCGGGCGGCGGACGGCGGGUCACCGUCGCUGCAGAGCGGCCUGCAACAAAGGCCUAGAGCGUUUCAGUGUGAGCAACUCUGA